CAAGUCAAGCUCCUGCCCGCACCUGCUCUCCAUCUUCUCUCAUCAUGAGCCUUCGCCUGCAGAACUCCUCCGCCAGCUACGGAGGCGCAUGCCAGCUGGGGGGCGGCCGCGGCAUGUCUUCCUGCUCCAGCCGAUUCGUCACCGGGGGGUCCUCCGGGGGCUAUGGCGGCGGCAUGAGCUGUGGCUUCGGUGGAGGGGCUGGUAGUGGUUUUGGAUCUGGCUUUGGCGGUGGCUUUGGCGGUGGCUUCGGCGGUAGCUGUGGUGGGGGUUUUGGCGGUGGUUUCGGCGGUGGCUUUGGUGGUGACUUUGGUGGUGGCGAUGGCGGCCUCCUCUCCGGCAACGAGAAGAUCACCAUGCAGAACCUCAACGACCGCCUGGCCUCUUACCUGGACAAGGUGCGCGCCCUGGAGGAGGCCAACGCCGACCUGGAGGUCAAGAUCCGGGACUGGCACCAGAAGCAGAGCCCGGCCAGCCCGGAGCGUGACUACAGCCACUACUACAAGACCAUCGAGGAGCUGCGGGAGAAGAUCCUGGCGGCCACCAUAGACAACAACCGGGUCAUCCUGGAGAUCGACAACUCCCGGCUGGCUGCCGACGACUUCAGGCUCAAGUAUGAGAACGAGCUGACCCUGCGCCAGAGCGUGGAGGCCGACAUCAAUGGCCUGCGCCGGGUGCUGGACGAGCUGACCUUGGCCAAGACCGACCUGGAGAUGCAGAUCGAGAGCCUGAAGGAGGAGCUGGCCUACAUGAAGAAGAACCACGAGGAGGAGAUGAAGGAGUUCAGCAACCAGAUGGUAGGCCAGGUCAACGUGGAGAUGGACGCCACCCCGAGCAUUGACCUGACCCGUGUGCUGGCCGAGAUGCGGGAGCAGUACGAGGCCAUGGCCGAGAAGAACCGCCGGGACGCCGAGGAAUGGUUCCACAGCAAGAGCGCGGAGCUGAACAAGGAGGUGUCUUCCAACACAGAGAUGAUCCAGACCAGCAAGACGGAGAUCACGGAGCUCAGGCGGACGCUCCAGAGCCUGGAGAUCGAGCUGCAGUCCCAGCUCAGCAUGAAAGCCGGGCUGGAGAGCACGGUGGCCGAGACCGAGUGCCGCUACGCCACGCAGCUGGUCCAGAUCCAGGACCUGAUCAGCAGCAUGGAGGCCCAGCUGAGCGAGGUGCGCGCUGACACCGAGCGCCAGAACCUGGAGUACCGGCAGCUCAUGGACAUCAAGUCGCGGCUGGAGCAGGAGAUCGCCACCUACCGCAGCCUGCUGGAGGGCCAGGACGCCAAGAUGACGGGCUUCCCCUCCUCCGGAGGAACCACCAGCUCCGGCAGCCCCACUGGUCCUGGCCCUCGCCGCCCGUCUGAGGCCACCACCACCCGUCGGCCUUAAACCUGCCCGGCAUUCCCUCCCUCUGUCUUCAGCACCCAGAGGGGGAGAGAGUGGAAGGGUCCUGCAGGAGAGAGGGGGGGACCCCGGGAGCUCAGUCACCCCGCUCCCAGGACCCGGCCCCCUUCUCCCCGGGCGGGAGCCCCUUGCUCUUCCCUCUGGGUCGGCUUCCUUCUCCUCCUGACCUCGCUGCUCUGAUUUCUCCGCUUCUCUGCUCAAAA